GUCAUAAAGUCCAGGAGUGACUUUCCACCCUAGUGGAAUUGAGCGUCAAUGUUCAAAGGUGGAGCUUUAGAAGCAUUAUGAAGAAUAAAGAGAAAGACAAGAGUCAGUUGCUGAGCAACCAGCUUGAUGCUCUGGAAAAGCAUCUGAAAGACAAAAGGAAUGGAGACAUCUGGGAAACCUCUGUGAGUCGCAAGGAUAUUUCAGAAAGAAAUAAGUUGUUCCUGAAUGGGUCUAGUGUGGAUGAGGAUUCAACAUGCCUGUCUAUGCCUGACAUUGUAGAUGGCAUUUACCCUUCAAACCGCAGGGAUAGCUGUACACUUUCUGAGCCUCUGAGCUGGGACAAACACAAAGUUUCUGAUUCCCUGAACAUAAAUAAGAAUGAGAGUGGACCUCCUGAAAGCUAUAUGAGUAGCUAUAGAGUUUUGAAACAUCUAACUUCGAGCUGCAGCUCAGAUCUGGAACCUCUAAGCAUAGAAAACUUGAAGGGUUCUGACUCUUCAACAUCUUUGAAAGAGAAUGGGAUUCUUAUAUACCCAUCUGCCGUGAGGAGUAAAGAAGAUUUGCAACUUACAAACAUUUUGGACAGAAAUGGGAUAUUUGCUCCCCCAGCCAUAGUGGACAGCAAUAAAGUUUUGGGGUUAAUAAAGUCAUGUGAUGGGGAUGCAGAUGAGACAACACAUGUCAAGCAGGUCGUCUGCAGUUUGGAUGAGGAGAGGCAGUUGCAGGAGCAAAAGGAGCACAGCGGUGACUACAUUACUGAUAAAUAUACCAAAGACACACUGGAGACGGAAGAUCCAGGAAAAAGAUUUAUGAAGGUUGCAAGUUGGGAUGAGAUUGAAGAAAAAUGCUGUUGGAAUGACAAGGAAAAAGUUGUCCUGGCAAGCGAGAGAGAUACAGAGUAUGUAGUAGAAAUGGAUGAAUUUGACAAAGAAGAAAAGCUAUACAGAGAUAGCUUGGAGACUGAGAAAGGUGAGAAGAGUCAAGUCAUUUCCAUUAGUUUAUCUGCCAACAUUGUUGAAGAUAUGGCAAAAUCGAAAAGUUCUAUCAGUGAGAGCAACUCAGAUGAUACUGCCCAUGAGUUUGAGGCUUUCACUGACAGACAGAUGCCAUCUGCUGAAACUAUCCAACCCCAGGAAGACAGAUUUUUCAUUUCUGAUGGCUUUCUAAGUUUUGAGGACUUCUCUUCGAUGGAGUCUGUAAUUAGUGAAGCAAACUGGUCUUUGUUAAGGAAUGGUCUCUCCCUCAGUUUGGAACAUUGCACAACAUUUCAGGUAAACAUCCAGUUCUCUGCUACUGGUGAAUCUUUUAUCUCAAAUAAUCAUGUGCAGUUUUUAACCAGUCUCUCAAGUAAGAGUAGUCAAGUCCAUCCUUGCUUCAAGAAAAUAAACAUAAGUAAAGGGCCUGAGGAUACCCUUCUUGAUUGCCCAGAUGUUUGCUUGUCGUCCCUCAACUAUGUCGACAGAGCUAAAAUUUCUAAGUUUAUCAACAAGACUUUCUCACUUCUGCAGAGUGAGCAGGAUGAGAGAGAAUUUGAUGAUUGCUCUAUCAUUAGAAAAGUGAAAUACACUGGAGAUUUGAAGGACAGUUUGAGUUCUGAUCCCCAUGAUUCAGCUGUCUCUCCAGGGUAUGAAGAGCAUAGAUACGCUGGACAUAGAAACGGACAGGAUGAAAAGAAAGAUAAAACCCCAAGUGAAAGAACUAGGAAAUCAAGAAACAUAAAGCAAAAUUUGCACCAUGUUACAAGUAGGCAUUUGAAUCGACAAAGAAAACAGAAGGUCAAAAGUCGCAGGAGGCAUUUUAAAGACAAGGGACGAAAACGCCAGUCAGAUGCCAACCAGCUGGCAUUCGGCAAACGGAAAAGAAGGAACCGAAAGGGUGGAUUGAUGGACAGAAAUUUAAAGUGGCUGGAUUGUUCUCACGGUGACUGCCCAAAAGAACUGAAGGAACCUGUAAUAUUUUUACGGCUUGUAAGAGUGAGAGGCGGUGCAAAUGACCAUCACGAGGGAUGUAUGGAUGGUGGGACAUCCGGACAUGGAUCAGGUUCUCGGGAGGAGAAGGACAUUUCUGGUGGCCAAAACGGACGAGGGCAUGGCAAUGGAAAUAAGGAUUGGGGAGGAGACAGUAACAGCAGAGACAGUGGUGGUCACAAUACUAAUGGGAGAGAUGGAGAUGGACCCAAUAAAGAUGGUGGCAGUGGAAAUGGCGAAAGGGAUCAGGGCAACCCAGAUGAUGGAGACGAUGAUGAUAAUGGUGGAGAUGAUGAGGAAGAUGAUAAGAGCAAGGGCAAAAAGGAUCCAGAGGGGAGAAAUGUUCCCAGACUGGAUAAUGUUCCAGACCCUGCGUUGAGGGGCCAGCCUUCUGGUGGUGAUGAGAGGUCAAGAGCUGCCCAUGAGAUUAGGGAAGCCAUGGCUCAAAGCCCGUCCCCUGGUGAGCAGGAAGCAGCAGAUAGGCCACCAGGUCUUUUAACUGAAGAGGGUGAGGAAGAGCAUUCAGUGGAGCACACUGCGAUGUCCAUUGACCAUAUCUGUGAUGUCAUUGGAAUGGCGACUUCAGGCCCACCGGUGAAUGUAGCGCCAGAGGUUGGUGAUCAAUUUAACGUCUGUCUGAGUGAGAACCUCCACCAGCUGUCAAACCUGUCUCCCAGAGAGUUGGAUGCAGGCUCAGGGGGCAUGGGCUGCUGUCUUUGCAUCGUCCUGUCUGGUCUGCUCACGCACAUGGCAGAUACAGAAUGCUCGUGUCGCGCUGGGCAGUGCAACCAGUGUUCCCAAGCUUUUCACCUCAUCAUGUGGCAUGCUCAACUCUGCAUCCAGGCCAACAGGAAGAAGUCACGCAUAUCCAGUUCUGAUCUCUGCUACAAGAUCUGCAAGAGUUCAGACUGGAAGUGGGAGAAGUUACACAGCAAUGCAGAUCGACUCAGAGUCAAGGUGAAAAAGUAUUGUGCCAAAGUUCUGGGUAGUUCACCGGCUGAGCCAGCAGUGGGCGCCACAGGGAUGAGUGAGCUGGAUCACCGGGAAGAUGGGUCCAGCACAGGUCCUCCAACCUCCAGCAACACCUCACUGUCCCUGGGUGGAAACCUUGUCACUUCUCCCGCUGAGGAACCUGGCGAACUGGAACAUCUACCUAGCUAUAGCUUCACCUCAGCAGCACUCCACUCAGCACUUGUGAUCAGUGGCUCUCAGAGAGACUUUCACCCAUCAGGGGCAUCAUCAUUAAGUCAGACACCAGAUCACAUGGGCGCCAUGGCGGUGAUGCCUGCUAGCCCUGUGGUACCUGCUACUGGUCCGCUGAGUCGAGCUGUAGGGUCUGCCUUAAGUUCUGGGCCGGAACAGAAAGAGCCAGAGGUGCACAAAACACCGCUGUCACGGAAGUCGAGUCAGCGUAGAGCGGCCGUCAUCCCUCAGCCCAUCCCAGAAGAAACAGGCGAGGCAUCAGAGCCCAAAGAUGAUAUUGCUCAACUUAUAUACAGCCGCUUUGCAAAGGGAGAUGACCCUUAUGAGACUCAGCCGACAUAUGGUGUUACAAACCGCAUAGAGAGCAUGCCUAUUGGUCGCGUGCAUGAUGAGGAGCAGUUCAUGUCCUUGUGGAAUCGGCGUAAAGGAGUCCCAGGGGUUGGAGAGGUUGUCUUUGGUCAUCUAUCACAACUCCGUAUUGUCGCUGCGUUUUUCGAGAAGAAGCGCGAGGAGUGUGAGCAGACCGGCAUCUGCCCUUACCAGCUGCGAGAAGAGGGAGUGAUCUUGGCAGAACACAAAGACAAGUUCCACAUCUUGCGCACUCGCUACCAGAAACACCAACAAUGGGAACGAGUUGCUCAUCUAGGAAAUGGAAUGUCAGGAAAAUGCCACCUUGCUAUUGACCUCAAGACAAAGUUUAAAUUUUGUUGUAAGAAGGUCCACCUGCUGCGGUAUGAAGAAGAGGAGUUGAGGCUGUCUUCAGAGGUACACCAUCCGUAUGUGGUUCGAAUGUUUGGCGCUAUCCGACAUGGUGUUAAAGUCUACAUUUUCUCCGAGUUUAUUGAUGGUGGUAGCCUCGAGUCAUGCAUUAGAGAGCAGAAGCUUCUCGGCCGCCGGCUGAGCCACUGGACAGCCAUCACGUAUUUUCAGCAGUUGCUCCAGGUGCUGGCAUACCUGCAAUCCAAGAAUAUGCUUCAUGAGGACAUCAAAGCUGACAAUAUUCUGCUGCGGAGAGACUCUCCCUUCAUUGCCGUCACUGACUUUGGAGUGUCCCGAAGGCUGCAUGACCCAAAGGAGCUGAAGAACAAGUCUCCAGUUGGGAGCCCCACCCAUUGGAGCCCAGAAAAGGCUUCCAUGGAAGGCCACGGGUUCCCCUCAGACCUGUGGGCAGCCGUGUGUGUGCUGGUGCACAUGCUCAGUGGGGAACCACCCUGGCUCAAGAGAUUCCAGAGGGCGGCCAUUUUGAACUUUAUUAUUUAUGCUCGCCCACCGCCCAUGGAAGAUGUUCCAGAUGACGUUCAAGCUGUCGUGAGAGACCUGAUUGAGAAAGGGUUUGUGAAGAAUCCAGAGCACCGGCCCAGUGCCAGUGAGCUGCUCACACACUCGGCCUUCCGCAUGCUAGAUGAUGGCACGCCACAGAACUAUUACUCCACACUCAUGUGCCACUCUGUGGCCGAGGGGAGACAGCAAAAUGCUGGGGAUACAGAGCAGACUUCGAGAAACAUAGUAACGACUGCUCUUGCAAACACGACUGAAAGCAAUGUGUUGUAUUCCACGAAUAUUGCACCAAGCCAAUGUCAAGAGUCGGACAAAAGAAUGGACCCUGAGAGAAGACAGAGGGACGUGGAGGCCAAAAACGGUCAGACUGACUUACACACUGACCAAAGACAGAGAGAUGUACUCCCUACCGUACCAACUGUUGUUCUCACUGCUGAGGAGAGCGGAUCAAGUGAGAGGAGCGGGGAUGUAUCAACAAUUGUUGGACACUCGGAUAACAGCGCCCAACAUUCAAAUGAGAGUGUGAACUCUACCACCAUGAAGAACGAGGGGCAAUUAGUUGGGGCCACAGUGCAAGGACCAACUGUCAUUAUUGGAGCUACUGCCCAUGAACCAGCCCUUACUGCAGAGAAGAACGCUUUCCAUUAUGAUCAAAAUCUGAAAGAACUAAUGUGCCCAGAUCUUGAACGGCUUCUCCCAAAGCUGGAUGACUUGAUCCCAUCAUCUGCUUACUCUGACACCACAAGUUCAAUACGAUCAUUUUUUGAGGACAAGUACCCAACAGUUGAUUUUGUUGCCAAGGGAAUGCCAGCCUUAAGGUACUACAGGCCAGAGCCAGAACCAGUUGUAGGUGAUCCCUUACCAAAGCUCUCAAUAUUUGAGAUCCCAAAGCUGGAUACCUCAUCUGAACAUGAUAAAGAAUUAGUGGAGACCUCAUCCCAUCCAGAACUUGCUGCACAGAAUAGCCAGAGAAAGGAGCUUCCGUCACACAGCAUGUUGAAAUUUCAGUUGUCAUCGGAGCCGGAGGAAUUGAACAGCUUCGAGAUGUUUGGACCGGGCCCAGACUUGGCCAGUGAGGCUGUAAGAAAGAUCUCUGCAGCCAAAAGUAAGCAACAGUCUGAGAGCCAUGGAGGGGAGGUUGCCCCACUGUCUCCCUCCAGCCCAAGUGCCAAGCUGAGUGGAGGAAGUAAUCACAGUUUAUCAGGUCUUCAGCAAAAGAAACCAUCCAAUCUGAAACUGAACGUGCCAGACCCAGGAAGCUCUAGAUUGGCUGCUUCCACUGCACAUCCCAACGAAGGGGAGAGCAAAAGGUCCAAGAUGUGGCCUCCGACUUCAGACUAUGCAACCCCACAGACGGGCUUUACCCCAGGAUCAGGUCUGCUGUCGUCAACACCGAGGAAGCAUGACAUCAGCACCUCAGGCUCCACAGGAUCGUCACAGCAAGCAUUUUUCUUGCCCUCCCGAGGCAACUCAGUGAUUGAUGAGCAGGAGAGACAUUUGCAGGAACUGCAAGCGGAACUUGAAGACAAUGUUUCACAAUCAAGCAGUGAUAAUGAAAAGCUGGCAGGUGUUCUCAACUCAUACUCAAUGGAAGAUGAGGAAGAUGAGGUAACAGAGGCGGCGGCCAGUGAAGACACAGACUCUCAGUGCAUCCUUGAGAGGAUUCAGAGCAAACUCGGGGAACCAAAGAUUGGUGGACAUAAGCUAAAUUUCUACAAUAGUCAGAGAGAGUUUAUGUUUGAUGCCAGGGUGCUCGAAUUGCCUGUUAUUUGGAGACACUUCAUUGACGAAGUGCGACGUCGAAUCAGAAGACAUGGCCUUGAUCAUUUUACCCUAAUGCAUCCCCAUGGGAAAAGAGUGGAUUUCGACAGAUCAUUCCGAGACAAGGACGUGAUUGUUGUGGCCUUGACCUCACCUCACCGGGACUGCUGGUGCAUGGACUGUGAGAUGCUCAACUUCAGGCCACUCUACCAACCAUAACCAUGAUAACAGAAAUGUCCAGAGUUCAUAAAUUCUGUAAUGCUUCAUAGUUUUAUAUUGUUCCAUCGCCUAUUGUUUGUAUUCCAGUUGUUGCUGAUCCCGGAUUCCUUGGGGGCAGUUCUAUGCAAGGGCAGUCGUUUUUUGCGAUUUUUUAAUGUCCUUCCAAAACCUAUGACUUGCUAAGGGAGGGGAGGUAAAGAAAGAAAAGUUCUUCUGGGUUUUUUUCCUUCUCUUUGUAAAUUGGUGUGUGAAUGCAAAUGUAUUUUCUCAUUUAUUUCCCUCUCACUUUGUAGAUCGCUUUACUAAGUCUGUUGAAGACACUGCUUGCUUUUCUUGAGUCCUUUUCUGAUCAUCUUUCUGGUUUUCCUGUCCUUUUCCCUUCCAAUUCCUCUUAGAAAAACGUCUUUCUCACAUGUAUAAAAUGAUGUUUGAAAUAAACCAAAUAUUUCAAUGCUUACUUUCUUAUGAGGGUAUGUGAUCAACUUUUCAAGCAGUUUGAGGAUUUUAUUGCCUGGUUCUUUGUAUUUAUGUAUUUCCCAGUUGACCAGAAUAAUUGUUUUGAAGUCCUUUUUUUUCAAAAUGCACCAUAUCUUACAAUGAAAUAUAUUGUUUGAAAAUACACUUUUUAUUAUUAUUUAACCUCAGAUGCUAAUGAUGCAAAUUGUUAUUAAUUUUUAACCUCUGAUACUACUGUUUUAACAAGGGUUUUUCAACUAUUUUUUAUGUUACCUAAUGAAUAAAUUAAUAUACAAUUAUAAAAAUUGAUUGUGCUGCCUAAUUUUUGUUAUACGCCAUUUCAUUGCAAAACUUUUGUAACCCUAAGCCUAAGGUUAUCAUGAUUCAGAUCCUUCAACACUGAGUCACGUUCUAAUGUCUUUUUCUAUCAUGUUUACCUUUUUGCCAUGUAUUUGAUGUUGCCAUCAAUAUGUUACGUCAGGAUACAGUGUUCCUGUUGAAUUGUUGCUGAUUUACAUUCCAGUACACCAUGACUCACUGAGUCUUGUGUUUUUCUUAGGCGCACAAUACCAGAACCCUGAGUUUUUUAGGGGAUAUAGAACUGCACCCGGAUCAGUCUGUUCAGGCUAUCUUUUUCUUUGUUGUACACAUAUGUUGCCAGAUAUUGAUGAUAAACACAACUAGACAUUGAGAAAGCUAUAACUUUACUUUUCUUUGUUUUUGACUGAAAAAAAGACUUUUGCUUCUUACUAAAAUCUUGGGGUCUAAAUUUCAACCCUCAAUCAGUCUCUCAUUCUUUGCAUUAUAUUAUUUGAGUUUAUGCAGUUAUAAUUGCCAAUAAUUCUGAAUCCAUGUCAUAAUAAUACUUCUUAUGCUCUUCCACCGUCUUCUCCAAACUCAAGUUUCUCCUUGAAUGCUAAGAACUGUUUGUUUUGGACUUCUUGAGCCCAUCAGUACAGACUCCAAAGGACUUUUUGAGAGCCAAAGGACAGCUGUGCUCUCAACUGUAACGUCUUUGGUUUUCUCCUACUUUCUAUUAAUUUUGCUUCCUGGGAUGAGUGUUUCUUUUUUCUUAUCAUUGCCAUUGCGAAGGAGUGUACUCUUAAAGUAUUUUUUAUUGUAUCCAUGAUUGAACCUUAAUUAUGCCACAUCACCAUUUUGAUUUCGUAAUUAAUAAACUUCUUCAACAAUCACCUGA